CUAAAACGGAUCAUAAUGUUUGAAUGUAAGUCCUCUGGUUUUUGUGAGGGUGUGGGACAUCGAGGAGGGUAUGAUAGGGCCAAGCCCGGAUAUAACACCUCAGUUAUUGGACCAACUGCGGCUACGGCCAAAAUGGUAACCCCACUCGGACCGAAUAUGGCUUCGGCCAUACCGGUCAUUCCCUCACUUGGAACGAACACGGGUGUCUUUACAUCCUCACCGGUCGGACAUCCUAAUGUCAUGCUGCCUGCAAACUCUGUCAAAGAACUAGAAAAGUUCACAGGUGUUGGCUUUAAAAUAUGGCAGCAAAUGAUGUUAUUUUGGCUGACCACCCUCAACCUUGCGAGGUACUUGAGGGAGGAUCCCCCUGUUGAGGGGGAGAACGCGGACGAGGAAACAGUUCAGGCUAUGGAAGCAUGGAUAGCAAAUGUGGUGGAGCAUCCACCCAAAGAGGGUUCUUCCAAAGGGCCUAAGCCAAACAAGGACAAGAAGAAAAUUGCUGAGGAAGCACCCUCCCAAACCCAAGCAAAUUACGAGCUCAACCCCACUGACCAGAAUAGGGAAGCCAUGCAGCAAGCCAACGCUAAAUUUAUCCUUUCCACCAACCUAGAAGUCCAGUAUUGGAAACAAAAGGCCAAUAUCAAAUGGAUGGAUAAAGGGGACUCCAACACUCUUUCAAGCUUAUGCCAAAGAAAACACAUCUUCCCUCAGUUGACCCCAUCCUUUCCCCUCAUCCCCCUUGUUCUCUCCCCUCAAGACAACUCCCUUUUCAGCACCCUACCAACCUUGGAAGAGGUUAAACAAGCUGUUUGGGAACUGGAUGAUAAUAGUGCCAGAGCCCAGAUGGAGUUCUUCUUAGGUGUCCCUAUCCCAAAGGCUUAUGGCAGCACCCUCCUGACUCUCAUUCCCAAAAUUGAAAACCCCGGGAAGUUUGAUGACUUCAGAUCCAUCUCUCUUUCAACUUUCAUGAGUAAGAUCAACACCAAGCUCCUGGCCAGCAGACUGAGCACCUUACUACCCAAACUCUUAUCCCCAGAACAGGCAGCCUUUCAAAAAGGAAAAUCCAUUGAUGAUCAUGUACUUAUGGCAGAGGAGGCCAUUCACCUAAUUGACAAGAAAGUUUUUGGGAGUAACCUCAUUAUCAAAAUUAACAUGGUUAAAGCUUUUGACAGGUUGGACUGGGGAGAAACCAGGAACCUGAUUAAACUUAAACGCACUCUUGAACUCUAUCUCAAAGCUUCUGGUCAGGAGAUCAACUUCUCUAAGAGCAAAUUCUACUCCUCCAAGAACACAACCACCACUCAGGCUCAGAACAUGGAGAAAGCGUUAGGUAUCAAUAGAGGAACCCUUCCCUUUAUCUAUCUUGGGGCAACAAUCUGCUGGGGCAUUUUAAGGAAGGAGCACUGCAAACAGAUCAUGAGCCACUUCGAAAAGCUCAUCCACUCUUGGUACAGCAAAACCUUGAAUCAAAUGGGGAGGCUUAUCCUUAUUAAGCAUGUCCUUUCCUCCAUACCUUUACAUAUCAUUACAGUACAAUCCCUUCCUAAAUCCAUCAUCCAUGUCCUCAACACUUAUAUGGCCAACUUCCUAAGGGGACAGAGGCAAGGUAAACAAAAAUACCAUUGGAAGAGAUGGGAACAAAUCACAAAAUCUGAAGCGGCAGGAGGCCUGGGAGUAAAGAACAUUGAGGAUUUACAACAAGCAUACCCACUCAAAUUAUGGUGGAAAGCAAAUCAUGACAUGGGAAUCUGGGGAACAUUUGCUAGAGCAAAAUACAUGAAGCAAGGGAUCAUGAAAGAGAGGAUUACAGACUCACCAUCUUGGAAAAGAAUCUGCAGGUAUGGAAAAUUUUCAACAAAAUCCUUCCUUUUGCAGCCACCCUCAACAGAUUUUCAAACACCUCUCCUAGCAUCUGCUCACUCUGUCGCCAUAAUACUGAUUCCAUGGACCACUCCCUCCUCCACUGCCCGACAACCACCAAAGUUUGGAACCUCCUUGCCUCUCUUACCAAUGGCCCACACGUCAAAAAACAUACCUCCUUACGUCAACAUAUCCUUGCAUGGUGGUUUAGUAGCAAUACCAAAAACUUUAAAGGGCCCUCUUCCAGCAAUGCCGGUGACCUCUUCCGGUCCAUCCUCUGGCCAGCAACCUCAUCCAAAGUCUGCCUCCACAGCUCCAGCUUCAAGGCCAGCUACUGUCCCCAGCAGAAACAAAAGCUAUGCAGCAGCCAUUCUCAACAAUAAAAUCCAGACACAGCGGUGGUGGUGGAAUUGCAGGGGUUUAGAUUUUAGAAUGUUUGACUGUUUCAGGUUUAUGGCCGUUGGGGCAAGAGACGCGUGCACAAACUUCUCGGAUAAGCUGCUCAGGCUUCCUUUCUACGGGUAAAUUUCACAAAUGGAGGGGGUCAUAUAAAUAUACUCCAUAUAAGCGAGAAGGAAAUGGCUACUCGGAAUGUUUUUGUAAGCAGCCAACGCAAAAUGAAAUUGGGGUUGUGCUGGGGUUUCGAGACUAGCAUCGCCAUGUUGGACAGUGUCACAACACUGAGAUGAAUGAUGGAUUUAGAGAAGUUCUAGCACCCUCUCCUUUCUUUUGUAAUUUUUUUAAUUUAGAGAAUUUCAUAAAUUGGGAAGAUGCCUUGGUUAAAGAUUUAUUCUAUUUAGACCAUGUUCAUAUAUGUCGUUUUGGCUAAAAGAUUCCAUCACGAGUUUAGAUCAGGCGUGUGACUUUUUAGGAAAGCAUAAGGACAUCAUGGGUUAUUGUAGUUGAGUUAUUUCAGGUUAGAUUGCAAGGUUUUGACAUCUCUGAAGUGUUUGGUUGUAGCUGACCAACCAUAUCAAAAGAACUUAAGACCAAUGCUGCUUCGAUUUCUUAGAUGAGGAAUAUCUCAAUUUGAUCAUCUUUUGUUCUCUUAGUACAUGUGCUAAUUUGUAUGAUGCAUAGGAACAGAUUGUAUACAUGAAACUGUCCAUGAGGUUUUUUUA